AACUCUGGAGUCAUAAUUCGGUUGUAAAUGAAUUGUUAUUUUCAGUCUGUCUGAGAGCGCCGUCGUCCCCGUCGCCGGAAGUCUGCAUGAAGCUGCGUCUCCUACAGAGGCAACGGGGUCAACGGUUUUUUUUUUUUCCCCUGUCUUGUUUUUUUUUUUUUUUUUUUUUUUUUUUUUUUUUAUUCAACACUUUUUUUUCUCUUUUUUUUAUUUUCGCUGAGCGAGAUGAGCAGGGAGUGAGGAAUGGAGGCGUAGGGACUGAGGCUGAGCGUUUGAACACACUCCGGCCUCCAGUUUUAGCUUGACUGAACAAGCCAACGAACAAAAGGGAGAAAAUUAAUGGAGAAAUAAUGGACGAUUCCCAUUUCAACUCGUCAUACUUUUGGUCUCCCGUCCCCACUGUACAAGGACAGAUUGAGAACGCCAUGUUCCUCAACAAGGCCAAGGAGCAGCUGGGUCCAGACAAGGGCAACGCGCCCCCCUUCCCUCACUCCUCCGCGUCUUCCACCUCGUCCCCCCACUACCCCACCGCCGUGCUCGCAAUCCCGGGUUCAGUGGACGCAGGGGGCGGCGUGCGCGUGGUCCCCAAGCAGGAAGGCGGCGGGAACACGUCGGGGGGCGGAGGAGGAGGAGGAGGUAACAGCGGCAACGCCAGCUUGAGUGGCGUUGGGGGACAUCUGCAUCAGUCGCACACCUCCCAGAACGUGACGGUGGUGCCGGUUCCUUCCACUGGGAUCAUGACUGCAGCGGGGUUGGUGAUCACCACCCCUCAGGGCACGCUGGUACCCACAGCCUCCACGCAGUCCUUUGUAACUGGACCCCCCACUGCCACCACCAUGAUCGUGUCUGCAGUGCACCCCUCAAACACAGAUAAGAAGGAGGAUGUUUCUGUUCCUCCAGCCGUCGUCAUGCAGACGCCGUCGAAGCGAGGCAGGAAGAGCAAACAGAUGAUGAGCCGAAUCGGCGGGAUCCUGCCUCCAGGAAGCGACGCGUUGAUUUUAGCCCAUCUUGCCGCUGGCGGACAGCACCACUCCGCCGACCCGUAUGAUCUGUCAAACGACGAGGAUGACCACACCAGCAAAGACGGACCCAAGUCCUACAGGUGUCGGAUGUGCGCGGUGACGUUCUUCAGCAAGUCGGACAUGCAGAUUCACGCCAAGUCCCACACCGAGGCCAAGCCCCACAAGUGCCCCCACUGCUCCAAGUCGUUCGCCAACUCCAGCUACCUGUCGCAGCACAUCCGCAUCCACAGCGGGGCCAAGCCCUACUCCUGCACCUACUGCCAGAAAACGUUCAGGCAGCUCAGCCACCUACAGCAGCACACACGAAACCACACUGAGGCCAAGCCCCACAAGUGCCCCCACUGCUCCAAGUCGUUUGCCAACUCCAGCUACCUGUCGCAGCACAUCCGCAUCCACACGGGGGCCAAGCCCUACACCUGCUCCUACUGCCAGAAAACAUUCAGGCAGCUCAGUCACCUACAGCAGCACACACGGAUUCACACCGGUGACCGACCGUACAAGUGUAACCAUCCUGGCUGUGAGAAGGCCUUCACUCAGCUGUCCAACCUACAGUCUCACCGUCGGCAGCACAACAAAGACAAGCCUUUCAAGUGUCACAACUGUAACCGUGGUUACACAGACGCCGCCAGCCUGGAGGUCCACCUGUCCACACACACGGUCAAACACGCCAAGCUGUUCUCCUGCGGCCUCUGCAACAGAUCUUACACGUCGGAGACGUAUUUGAUGAAACACAUGCGGAAGCACAACCCCGACCCGCUAACCGUGGCGGCGACGGUAGCCGCCCAGCAGGCCCAGGGCCUGACGCCCGGCCGGGGCCGCGGCCGCGGUCGAGGCCGGGGGGGCGGCAGAGGGAGCCAGCUGCAAAACCAGAACAACCCAAACAACAGCAAUCAGAACCAGAACCCAGGGCCGCCGGGCAGCUACCAGCAGAGCCAGCAACCCUCUGAGGGCGUGGUGCCGUGUCCCUUCGACCUGCACCAGUACAAGACGGUGUCGGCCAAUGAGAUCCAGUACAAGCCGGUCAGCGUGGGCGAGCUGCCGGUGACCCAUAAGGACCUGUGUCUGACCGUGUCCACGUCCGCCAUCCAGGUGGAGCACAUGAACUCGUAAGGCCGCGCCCGCCUGUCGGCCGACCCGCUCCGCCUGGGACAGAACCAACAGGCCGCAGUGUAAAAAGCUCCAUUUGAUUCACCUCAUUCAUCUUUACCGUCUUCUUAAAGUAAUCAAUAAAAAAAAAAAAAAACAAGAAACGUGGCUGAGGAAGGAGAAACUGUUACCUUCAUCAUCAGCCGCCCGCCUCUGGCUGCCGCGGGGUCGGCUUUAGUGGCUCUGAAGGACGAUUUUAAAGGGAUCGAUGUGACGCUGCGACACAAUCAGGAGGCAGAGGUCUGGUUCUGAAGCUGAGAACAACUUCAAGCUCCUCAGAUUACAGAUAAUCUCCAGCAGGUCGAGUUCUGGCUCCUCCCAGAGGGGAGGACGGCUCCGGACGUUUCUGUCUCAAAAAAUCACAUUUUCGCUUUGAAAUUGGGAACUUACUCACAAAUAAAUCUGCAGCUCAAGUUUCAUCUUUAAUGUUUUGUUUUCGCUGUAAAACGAGCAGCUGUAAAUGAUCUGUAAAAUGAAAAAUAACAAGACUCUCUGCAGAUGAAUAACUCACAGGGUGGCGGGGGGGGGGGGGAACCCAGAUUAAACUCUUCUUAAAAUAUUCCCAAUACUCUGAGAAAAGCAGAAUGAGGAAGAACUGAGAAAAGUGAUCGUUCAGAAACGGUGAAGAAAUGCGAACGGACCCAGAAAUCGGGUCGCCCGAUCCGUCUGGAGAACGUUUUCAGUUUAGAAACUUUCUACAUGUACUUCAAACAUCCAUCUUCAAAUCCACGUCACAUCUGAGGAGUCGGGGGGGGGGGGGGGAACCGUUUGGUUUUGGGAGCCUGAAGUCCUGAGCAACAGAACCCGGGUUCUACAGGAAUGUUCUGAACCCGAUGGGAUCUGCAGCAGAGCGAAAUAAAAAACGAGAGAGAGAGAGAGAAGAGCGGGACGGGGGAGUCCUACAGAAAGCACUUGAUGAAGCUCGUACUUCACGCCUAUGUUUGUCAUCGUUUGUCUUUUGUUCUGUUUUUUAAAUAUCUAUAAAUCAUGUUUGUAUUUUUCUACCAACAGAGGAACACAGAGAGUCAGCAGAGUGAGUGCAUGGAAGCGACAGGAAGGAAAUGUUUGUUCCCGUUAGUUUUAUUAUUAUCCUGGGAGGAGCAGCUUAAACGCCUCCUCGCUCCUCCGGGGGUCACCGGGGGGGCGAUAGAUGGGAAAUAAUGAUUGUGUGAUAAACACGGCUGAGAGGUACUGUUAUCGACCUUUUUGUUUAUUUUUAGCAACUUUUCAUACAUAUUAUUACUUUUGUUCUAACUAGUGCAAAUGUUAUCCACAGUAUACUCACUCUGAGGCAUUAUUGCUGUAUGCUGUACAUAAAAUAGGUAGAAAAGACUUUUUUUUUUUUGUUUUCCAUCUGUAAAAGGGAAGUAUGUCUCGUGUACAGAAUAUAUAAAAACAGACCGUGUCUCAGGUCGACGACAGAAACCAACAAGCUCUGAUACAAAUUCUUAUUAAAAACAUGCAGCUUUUCUCUUUUAACAAAACAUUUAUGAUGAGGAUUUAUUAUUUUGGCCUGUUAAAAAUAAGCAGGGCUGCUAAAACGAUCUAAUUAGUACUAAUGCUGUUGCUUUAGGUUCAUUUAAAGCAUGAUAUUUUUUUUCAUUUCAUACAGAAAAUAAAUGAAAAUUGUCAGAGAAAUGUAACCGUAAACCUAUUUUGACUUCUUUUUUUUUUAAAUAUAUCAUUUAUGGUGCUGUGUAAAAUGAAGCCACUCCUAACAUGUUAAACUAGCAUCAGAUUAAAAGGUGACCUGGGACAGCGCUAGCCGUCUCCAUCCAGUCAGAAGGUUCUAGCUGCCUGUGCAACAAGCCGACGGUCCUCAUGUAUACUCAACUUAGUCUGUCUCUGUGUCUUUUUAUGGAAAAAAAAAAUAACCUAGCAAUGCUCCUGGUAAGCAGUUCUGAACUGACCUAUGUUAAACUCUUGCAUACUGUACGCACAGUUAAACCUCUUACUCAUCUGAACGGACUGUUUCUUCUUCCCUUAUGGAGAAUAAAAUUCAAAAACUGUUUAUGACAAAA